AUGAAGGAAUUGUCCCAAUCUCGCCAAGACAUGCUUUUCUCCGAUAAAUGCCCCACGGAGGUGGAAACAUCACCGUCCUUAUGGCUGUCAUUAAUAAUCUCACCACGAGGCGGCACUGCUGGAAACUAUGGAGAGGUGCCGGCUGCUAUGUCGGGUGUACCCAGGCAAGGAGAAGUUGGAGGCAGCACUGCUGGAAACUAUGGAGAGGUGCCGGUAGCUAUGUCGGGUGUGCCCAGGCAAGGAGAAGUUGGAGGCAGCACUGUUGGAAACUAUGGAGAAGUACCGGCAGCUAUGUCGGGUGUGCCCAGGCAAGGAGAAGUUGGAGGCAGCACUGCUGGAAACUAUGGAGAGGUGCCGGCAGCUAUGUCGGGUGUGGCCAGGCAAGGAGAAGUUGGAGGCAGCGCUGCGGGAAGCUGCGAGGAGGUGCCGGCAGCUAUAUCAGGUGUCCCAAGGGGAGGGGAAGGAAGCGUAUCCUCUGCCCCUUGUGAGAUGCUCUUGAUCUAA